UUUAAAUUUUUGUUUAAUAGCCAAUCAGCUGUUAGUACUAUUAAAUGAACCAUUGAGAGUUGCAGAAGACAGAAUGGUUGCUUCUAGUAUAGAAGUUGCUUCAGAAAGUAAUGGUGGAGAACAGACAUCCAAUCGAUCUCCCAAAGUUAGCAGGAAAUCAAUUCACUACCAAGGUGUUCAACCUGAAAAGCUGAGACCAAUAUCUUUGGCUUUGAACAGACAUCUAAAUCAUCUUAUGGCCAUGGUGACGGAGAAAGAAGAAGAUCGAAAUCGGCUAAGACGAGAACUGCACGCAUCAAGAGAACGGAUCCAUCAAUUACACCAUCACUGUUGCAGCUUCCACAACCCCUCCGCCAAUAUCGACAAGCCUAACAGUUCAGUUUCUGUGUCAGAAGGGAUGUAUGGUCAAGAAUCAGGAUGAGAAAAAUGUUCGGACAUACCACCAGAUAUUGAAUUUCAUGCAGAGAAUGCUGACAACAGGUGAACACUUUGUACAGAAGAAUUAAGGUUUAUUGAUGCUCUAUCUGUCAAGAAGACAUUGAAAACUGUUUAUAGCCAAGAUAUUACAAACUUUGAAUUUCCAGGAACAACUGGAUGUAAGAACUUACAGUGAAAAUGUUGUUUUUAAAAGUCUUGAAUGUAAUGAUAGUGAAAAGUACCAGUAGAUCAGUCAUAUCAAAUAUUGAUUAUGCUGUAGCAAUACUCUGUCUU